UUCCUGAACUCUUUUAUUAUUACUAAUUGUUUUAAUUGGUUUUUAUAUGUUUUCUAGGUAAGCAGUGAGAACACCUGCAGGGUCCUGGUAUCGUGGAAGAAAAUAUUUCCUAUGAGGGAAGGAAGUAAAGGUAGCAAGAUCAGCACUUUAUCCUUGACCAGAGACCAGCUUUAGAGAACUCAGAAUCAACAGCUGGGCACAUAUUAGAGUUGCUGUCUUAUCUAAGGGCUCCAGAAAAUGUCCAUGUCCCAAGACUCUCUGUCAUUCAAGGAUGUAGCUGUGAGUUUCACCUGGGAGGAGUGGCAGCUGUUGGACCCCUCUCAGAAGAACUUGUACCAAGCUGUGAUGUUGGAAAAUUAUAACAACCUGGUAUCAGUGGGGUAUCAAGUUACCGAAGCAGAUGCAUUCUUUCAGUUAGCGCAAGAAAAACCGUGGAUAAUAGAGGAAGAAAUCCAGAAUGAGAUUCAUCUACAGGAUGCCUGGCAAGUCAAUGAUCGUACUGAAUGGCACCAAGAAAACCAAAGCAGCUUUGAAACAAUGGAGAGUGACCACAGAUAUCAUACAUUUGGGAAAGUACUAUCUUACCUGAGCUCAAACAGGCAUGUCCCUUUAGCCCAAAGACCUCAUACAUUGGACACAGCUGGGAAACAUCAGAAACCUAAUCUAGAGGACAUGACUCAGAACGGAAGUGGUGUAAGAAAUGAAGUUGAGUUUAAUGGAUGUGAUAGACUUUUUCUUUGUACUAACUAUGGGAAAACUCAUACUGGAAAACAAAACAAUGGGGAUAAUGAACAUGUAGAGGUUUUUAGCCAUAAGCUACAGCUCAUGAAACAUUGUAAAUCUGAAACACAAGAGAAACACUCUGACCACAGUGAUUGUGAGAAAGUCUAUUCCUCAAAGUUAGACCUUGAUAAGCAUCAAAGAACACACACAGGAGAGAAAACCUGUGGCUGCAGUUGGUGUCAGAAAGACUUCAGCCAGAUGUCCCAUCUUGUUUUACACCAGAGAAACCAUACAGGAGAGAAACCACACAAGAGCAAGAAGUGUGGUGGAGCUUUUACCAGCAAGUCAGGGCUUAGUCAAAAUCAAAGAACUCACACCAGAGAGAAACCCAAUGAGUACAAUAAGUGUGGGAAAGCUUUUCCCAAUAAUAGACACCAAAAAACUCACACAGAGAAAUGCUUUGAGUGUUCUAUAUGUCAGAAAGGCUUCAGGGAUAAGUCACACCUCACUUUACAUCAAAGAACACAUACAGGAGAGAAACCCUAUAGUUGUGGUGAAUGUCAGAAAAGCUUCACCCAUAUGUCAAAGCUCAUUAUUCAUCAGAAAGCUCACAUGGGAGAGAAACCCUAUGGCUGUGACAAAUGUGGAAAAAUAUUCCCCCUUAAAUUUAGCCUCAUUGACCAUCAAAAAAUUCAUAUUGGAGAAAAAUCUUAUAGAUGUAAUGAGUGUGGGAAGGCAUUCAUCCGACAAUCUUCACUCAGCAGACAUCUGCGAACUCACACAGGAGAGAAAUCUUACAGAUGCAAUGAAUGUGGAAAAAUGUUCUCUUGCAAGAAGAGCCUCAGCGACCACCAACGAACCCAUACAGGUGAGAAACCCUAUGAGUGCAAUCAGUGUCAGAAGGCGUUUACUCAGAAGUCCGGCCUGAUGUAUCAUCAGAGGUGUCACAGUGGAGAGAAACCGUAUGAAUGCAGGGAAUGCCAUAAAGCCUUUAGCCGCAAGUCGUCUCUCCUUACCCAUGAGAGAAUUCACUCAGGAGAGAAACCUUAUGAAUGCAUGGAAUGCCACAAAACCUUCAGCCACAAGUCCUCUCUCCUUACCCAUCAGAGAAUUCACUCAGGAGAGAAACCUUAUGAGUGUACAGAGUGCCACAAAACCUUCAGCAACAAGUCUUAUAUCCUUAUCCAUCAGAGAAUUCACUCAGGAGAGAAACCUUAUGAAUGCAUGGAAUGUCACAAAGCCUUCAGCCGCAAGUCAUAUCUCCUUUUCCAUCAGAGAAUUCACACGGGAGAGAAACCUUAUGAAUGCACAGAAUGCCACAAAGCCUUUAGCCGCAAGUCUUAUCUUCUUAUCCAUCAGAGAAUUCACUCAGGAGAGAAACCAUAUGAGUGCAGGGAAUGCCACAAAGCCUUUAGCCACAAGUCCUCUCUCCUUAUCCAUCAGAGAAUUCACUCAGAAGAGAAACCUUAUGAAUGUGGGGAAUGCCACAAAGCCUUCAGCCACAAGACCUCUCUCCUUAUUCAUCAGAGAAUUCACUCAGAAGAGAAACCUUAUGAAUGGAGAAUUCACUUGGAACAGAAACCUUAUCAAUGUACAGAAUGCCACAAAGUCUUCAGCAGCAAGUUCUAUCUUCUAAUUCAUCACAGAAUUCACUCAGGAGAGAAACCUUAUGAAUGCAGGGAAUGCCACAAAGCCUUUAGCUGCAAGUCCCAACUUCUUACCCAUCAAACAGUUCACUCUGGAGACAAACAUUUUGAAUGCAGGGAAUGCCACAAAACCUUUAGCCGAAAGUCCUAUCUCCUUAUCCAUAAGAGAAUUCAUUCAGAAGAGAAACCUUAUGAAUGCACAGAUUGCCACAAAGCCUUCAGCCACAAGUCCUAUCUCCUCAUGCAUCAGAGGAUUCACUCGGGAGAGAAACCAUAUGAAUGCAGGGAAUGCCACAAAGCCUUUAGCCGCAAGUCCUAUCUCCAUAUCCAUCAGAGAAUUCAUUUGGGAGUGAAACCUUAUGAAUGCAGGGAAUGCCACAAAGCCUUUAGCAGCCAGUCCUAUCUCCUUAUCCAUCAGAGAAUUCACUCAGGAAAAUCUUAUGAAUGCAGGCAGUGCCACAAAGCCUUCAGCAGCCAGUCCUAUCUCCUUAUCCAUCAGAGAAUUCACGUAGAAGAGAAACCAUAUGAAUGCAGGCAAUGCCACAAAGCCUUCAGCAGUAAGUUCUGUCUUCUCAGUCAUCAGAAAAUUCACUCAGGAGAGAAACCUUAUGAAUGCAGGGAAUGCCAUAAAACCUUUACCCGCAAGUGCUAUCUCCUUGUCCAUCAGAGAAUUCACUCAGGAGAGAAACCUUAUGAAUGCACAGAAUGCCAGAAAUCCUUCAGGCACAAGUCUCAACUCCUUGUCCAUAAGAGAAUUCACUCAGGACAGAAACCCUAUGAAUGCAGUGAAUGCCACAAAGCCUUCAGCAGCAAGUUCUAUGUUCUCAUUCAUCAGAGAAUUCAUUCAGGAGAGAAACCAUAUGAAUGCAAGGAAUGCCAUAAAGCCUUUAUUCGCAAGUCCUAUCUCCUUACCCAUCAGAGAAUUCACUCAGGAGAGAAACCUUAUGAAUGCACAGAAUGCCAAAAAGCCUUCAGUGACAAGUCCUAUCUCCUUAUCCAUCAGAGAAUUCACUCAGGAGAAAAACCUUAUGAAUGCAGGGAAUGCCACAAAGCAUUCAGGCAAAAGUCCCAUCUCCUUAUCCAUCAGAGAAUUCACUUGGGAGAGUAA